UUCCAGAAUGUUUUUAAAUUUUGGUACAUAAUAAAUAUUUGAAUCAACUAAUUGAAAGUAAUUGUCACGAUCUAUUUUAUUUUGGUUUUAAUAAUUUUAAGUUUUCUUGAUAUGUUUUCGUUAACUUCUGUUACGUUCUGAUUUGACAUUACGAAUAUGUUUGUACUACAGCUAAGUUCAGCUGCUUGACGUUUGUCAUUCAUGUUGAAGCGGCGGCAAACAUUUGGCUUCUAACGAUUUGGUUAGUAAAAUUUUGCUAAAAGUGAUUAUGAAGAAGUGAUUAAUGGUGUUUAAAAAAUUAAUGUAAGCAUGAAGUGCGAAUUGUGUGGUUCGGAUAAGCUUGAUAGCAUUAGAUACGGUGAAUUUCUUACGAAAAAUGGUAAAGGCGUGCACACUAACUGCUUGUAUUUAUCCUCUGGCAUGAAUCAAAAUGGUAAGGACGAUGAAGGAAUUCUUGGCUUUCUUAUCAAGGAUAUUGCAGUAGAACGCAAACGGGUGUCCACUAUACAAUGUUAUUAUUGUGGCGAGAUGUCAGCGAAUAUCGGCUGCUGCGAAAAGCGUUGCUAUCGCAACUUUCAUAUGAUUUGCGGCAUGGAAAAUGGUGCUAUGAAUCAAUAUCUUGACACAUAUCGUUCUUUUUGUCAUAAACAUGUGCGAAAAACUCAAUCCAGACCAAAAAGGAAUGACGAUUGUGGAAUCUGUUAUGAGAAUAUAUUCAAUGGAAGUACUCGUUUUAGUUCCGUGAAUAUGUUACGUGCAACUUGUUGUCGGAACGGAUGGUUUCAUAAGUAUUGUCUGCAAAAAUUUGCUAAGAUGGCCGGUUAUUUCUUUAAAUGUCCACUGUGUAAUGACUGUCAAAAGUUUAAAAAGGAUAUGUCCUUUUGGGGCAUUUUCAUACAUGAUAAAGAUGCCGAUUGGGAGUUGGUGCCGAAUGCAUUUGCUGAACUACUUGAGCGUCCAAGUGUGUGCGAAGCGGUCAUCUGCCGAAAUGCAGAAGGCCGCAGACAGAAGAAAAUUUCAAAUCCCUUUAUAUUUUGUUCAUUAUGCGGCUCAGUGGCUAUUCAUAGACUGUGUUUGACUCAAAAAGCCAAUUCAUUUGAAUGUGACAGUUGUAAAAAUAUACUAAAUGCUGUACCAAUUUUAAGUAGUAUACAACAAAAUCAACAUAACGUCGAAGAAAGUGAGCAAAAUACGGAAUGUUCUGAUGUAGAUGUAUGUGGUAACACUGAUGAUGAAUAUCUCAGUUGUGAUGAUUUCACCCCGCCGAGUUCUAAGAAAAUGAGUUUGAAUCAAAUAAUAAAUGAAGUUGAUAAUGAUGAAUAUGAGAAUGUAAAAACGGAUGACUGUUCUAUGGUUACAACAAAUACGUCUUGUAUCGAAACCGACCACAGUUACGCAUGUGAUGAUGAAAUUGUACUCAACGUCCAUGAAAAUAAUGAAGAUCAAGAAGGGGUCGAAAAAAAUAUACAACAAAUUGGAUCUUUUAAUAAUUCUUAUAUCGCACAAAUAUCGGGUGGCAAAUCUAUGGCCAUGCGGUCGCCAGCAUUUAAAGAUAACGAAUCUGAAGCUAAUGAAACAAGCUUCACACACUUAAAUUAUUCAUCUGAAAAGGCGAAUUCGACUGAUAACGGUAAUACCUCAAAUUUUGUUAUGUCCGAUCAUAGUUACGCUUGCAUUGAACUUAGCGAUGAUGAUAAUGAUGACUGGGCCAAUAAUACGUUUGUGACUCAACAAAAUACUAUUAAUAUAGAAAAAUUCCAGAUAGAUGAUAAAGCAUCUGUUGCAAAUGCUUUAGCUACCAAAAGCAUCCUAAGUGAUUCUGAGGCUCAAGCACAACGCACAUCUUUAAGUGAGUGUCCUCCUUCAAUUAAAUACGAUGACUUUGAAGCUGAUCAUAUGAACACCUUCAUAAGCUCAUGCCAAUCUAAUCAAUGUGAUCAAGUAUUUCAUUAUGAUGAUGGUAACGAUACGGAGAACGAAGAUCACAAAGGAAUUGCUAAGGCUUCUCACAGGAUAGAAGAAAGCGAGCCUAAAACAAUAAAUGCCAUGGAUAUGAGUUGUAUAGCCAAUCGGACACGUCGGCGAUCCUCGUUUAAAAACCAAAUAUCAAAUAUUGGCAGCUCAUUAAAACUUAAGGGCUCUCGUACCGAAAUUGUGGAUGAAGAUCAUAGCUCUAUGUGCUCUGCCGACUCGUAUCAAGCACAUCGUCAAGAAGACAAUGUGGUUUUCGACUACGAAGCCGAUGAAGAUUCAGAAGCUGAAACUGGACGUAGGACUGAUGAGGAAAAACGAUUGAGAAAUUAUUUUCAUCGACUUUUGCACGAGGUGAAACGUAAUACGAAAUUAAACAACAUUUUAGGAAACGUAGAUACGAAAACGGAUGAGAAGAACAUUGUAGAUAUUUCUUGCAUCGCUAAUCGUACACGGCGUCGAUCGGUUAAAGUGCAAAAAAGUACUCUUCCGACUUUAGAGGUUACGGUAGAGAAACCAAUUCAAUUGGUUAAACAUACUUUAGGCAACUUGACAGAUUCGCACACAUUCACCUUGUACAACGACAAAUCCAUUGAUAAUCGUGAUGCUAAUUGCAAAGCAGAUAGUGCGGUGAGUGGCAAUGCAGAACAUAAAAACCGUGUGAAUGCAAUACGAAGUAAACAAAGAGGGGCACAAAAACGAAAAAGCGACUUACAUGCAAACAUACCGGCAAAAAUGCCUCUGAUGUCGAAUACGUCCAACAAUCCAAAAGUGGCAACCAAUAUAUUAGAAGUGAGUUGCAUAGCUAGUAGAACGCGACGGAAGUCGGUAGAUGCUAAAACUUAUUUAAAUACUAUUAUUGCGCGAGAAAAAACGAAACCAUGCACAACAAACACAGAGAGAAAUGUACCAACUAAAGCAUAUAAUUCACUAAGUAGUUGCGAAAGUUCAUCUAAUGAUUUGUCUACAGAGAGUGCAAUGUGUGACAAUAGCAUUGAUUGUGUCAUGCCACGGACUCGAACUAUUUUACCAAUAGCAGAAACACCUAGCCGACGUAAGCGCACAGCUCCACGCCGUUUUCUCGAUAGCGGAAAUGAAUACGAUACUCACAAAACGAAAAUGCCUAAAUUGGCAAAUUGGGCGAAUGUGAAAGAGACUGUCAAUGCAUAUGUGAUGCCCAGAUAUAAGCGUGUUAAUGGCAAGUUAAAAAGGGAAACUGCUCCACUGCCAGAAAACAACGUAGCACUUACACGGAAACCCUUCGCGCAUAGCUAUGAGCUACUCUUAGGAGCAACUGACGUUGAUCAAGGCGCUAAAUCUGCUAGAGCCUAGACAAAGGUGUUGUUGAACCUGCAAGUCAUAAAAAAUCUGAUUAUAUUACAUAUUUGAGCAUUAUAUGCUUAUUUGUUUGCAAUAUUAUACAUAUAUUUAUUCCAUUUAUUCUAAAAUUUAUGUUAGUUAAUUUCAUAGUUUGUUAAAUUACUUAUAUAUAUGUUUCUUUUUGAGAUGUCUUAGGUUUGAAAUUAAACUUUUGGUUACUUCUUUCUUAAUUUUUAUUAAAAAAUUUAGUUUCUAUGAUGUAAUUUGUAAACAGAAUAAUGUAUAAACCUACUAAUGGUGUAAGUUACUGCCAAAAAAUGUAUAUAGUAUAUACAUAUAUUUUGCAUUAAGAUACCCUUUCCUUAAAAGUAAGACUUUGACUUGCUUAUUAUUUCACCGGCAGCUUUGAUAUAAAUUCAUAUGUAUAAUUGAAUAUAUCUUUAUUACUAUUAUAAUAAUAUUAUUAGGUUAGUUGUAGUGUUUAUUAAAAAUAAGCAUUGUGUAUGUGACUCUAAAUAUACCACAAAUUGUAUGUAAUAUAAAACCA